ACCAAUGUCAAGUGUCAUUGGGAGUAUUAAAUUCAGAAAUUAUGUAACGUGAAUAAUUUGCUUUUCUUACUGUUUAAUCGAAACGGAAAUCAUCCACUGUAUCCUCUAAAUACAACUAUUUGUACUGAAAGGUCUGAUUAAUCCGUUAACUUAAAUGCAGUAGGCCGCUAGCGGCCGCUGCCUGUCAUCAAAAAUGGUCACGUUUUUUCAUUUGUAGUCUGCCUCUUUUCCACUUAUAGGAUGAUCAUAUACGUGACAGCUUCUCUUUUGCACACUUCAGCAGUCUUUAAGCGGAAGCGAAAUGAUAGGUCUGUGGCUUUUCCAUAUUAAAUUCCAUUUGUAUGGUGUAAAUUAGUUCCAACGGCCGCCGCUAGCAUUCAUGUUAGACAUACCCAUAAGAUGACAAACAGCACCAGUCUGUCUGGCUGUAUCUCCUAAACGGUGCAUCAUAGCGCAAAGAAAUUAUCUUAAUAUUUCGCAACCAAGAUCUCGCCUGGUGGGCACUCGUGAACAUUGCUCAGAUGCCGGAGAACCCGCUGAGCGGGUUCUCGCCAUACGUAGUGCACAAUUUUUUGUCUCCAGCAACCCCAUUUUGCGUUUUGGCAUUCUUUUAUUAUUAUAUGAGGACACAAUUAAGCCUGGCGUCGUUAAGGGACGGUGCCUAAAGGAUCCCCCAACACCCCCUACUUUUCCAGCUUUUCAAGCAAAUAAAAGUCUAGAAUACCCAGAGUAGGCGACUACUGCCAACAUAAGGCCAAGUAGCCCUCUACAUGUUGGCCGGUCCUAAGGUCUGUCGAGCCCUUAUUUGUAGCAUUUUGUUUCGUUCAUUCAUUCGAUCGCACCGCGCACGCACCUUUUGUUUUUUUUUAUUCGCCGCGCAAACGGCGCAACGCGAACGCGAAACGAAAUCGACCGGCUGAACGCGACAUGGCGUUAGUUUAGCGCAAUUUAAUGCAGAGUUCUUUUGUUUGAAACCUAAAGAAUUACGCUGUUUAUAUCAACUGUAGUGAAUGUAGUGAUUAUAUGAACGCGUCAUGAGUACAUUGGAUAUAAAUAAAAUGGAGGGCGAGGAAGAAAAUAAAACACCCGAUAAGAAACAAAUCGAAGCGGAAGAAAAGGAGGUAAUGCUGAAGACUGAGAGUGAAAACAACGAAAUUAAUACUGAAAUAAAGGCAGAGGGCGAAGGGCCGGUGAAGGCCGCGCUGUCACAGGAGGUGAUUGAGCAGGGGCGGGAGGUGAAACCCAAGUUUAUUCCCAUAGGUGCCAUUAAAAUGCCCGGGUUUUUCACCAGAAACUCGGAUAAACCUAAGGAUGAUGAAGUCAUUGAGAAGGAUGCCGAGAAUGAAAAGACGGAGACAGAAAGCAAGCCCAAACGCAACCACUUCCAGUUCCUGCACACAUGCCCCUUCACCACGUUUCUGCACCACCCUACACAGCAUGAUAAAGAUGGUAACAUUAUAGAAGAGAAAAAAGGUAUUCGUUUACCAAAAAUUAAUGUGGAUUACCAAAAAUUCUUCCAAAAGAGGUCUAACAAAGACCCUGAGGCAACGCUUGCUUCCAUGGAGACAUUGGAAGACAAGCUAGACACACCCAAUGAUGGAAUGGAAAAUGUUAAAUUAGAUCCAGAAGAAGCUGUUGAUGGCAAAGUGGCCACGAAAUUGCCUUUCAAAGAAAGAAUUCGACAGAGGAAGUUUAUAAUUGACGACCUGAUCGUGGGCGCGGUGGUGCUGCUGGUGCUGCUGGCCGUGGUGAUCGGCGUGGUCGUGGGCGCCAGCGCCGGCCCGCCCAAGGAGCGCCCGCUGCGCCUCGGCCGCUUCAUGACCACGCUCUCCUCCUGCGGGCCCGUCGAGGGUAUCCUGGAUGAAGGCGUGUAUAAGUUCUACAGCAUUCCCUACGCCGUGCCGCCCAUCGGAGACUUGAGGUUCACGUAUGCUCAGCCACUUAACAACAUAUCGAUGUGCUGGAACGGCACUCUUCAAACCCACAAGCCUGGGCCGCUCUGCAUGCAGUUUAAAGAAAACGAACGAACUAUUAUAGGCGAAGAAGACUGCUUAACGCUGGACGUGGUCACUCCACACGUGAGGUACGAUUCUCGCCUGCCAGUGGUCGUUCUGAUCGGAGCCGAUACUCUGGCCGGCGGCAUCAGCCCCGCUCAGCCGUCCGCUCUGUACGCUCGAACCAAAGAGGUGGUCUUCGUGCGACCCAAUUUCAGACUCGGACCAUUCGGAUUUUUGGCUCUCGAUAUUCUUUCUAAAACCAAAUAUCCAGAAACCUCGGGCAAUUACGGUCUGAGCGAUCUGCUAGUCGCGUUACGUUGGGUGAAGCUGAAUAUUCAACACUUCGGUGGCGACCCCGACUCCGUGACGCUGCUCGGCCACCGAGCCGGCGCCACGCUGGCCGCCGCGCUCACCACCGUGCCCAAAGCUCAAAAGUUGUACUCCCGAGCUUUCCUGUCGUCCGGCUCCGUCAUAUUCCCCGGCAAACCCCUGGCAGAUUCGUACGCGUCGAACGAGGAAUUCAAGCAGAACAGCAAAUGCAACGACGCCGCCUGUCUACGUCGCAUGAAGCCGGAGGCGGUGAUGACGGCCGUGCCGGCCACGUGGCUCGGGUCCGACGUCGGCUCCCUUCCCAAGACGAACGAGAUGAAACACUCCUGGCUAGUCCUCGACGGCGCGCUCCUCACGAGCCACGCCUUCGAGGCCUGGGACGCCCAGAAGGAGUCGAGGGAGACCGGCAAGGAGCGAGCCUUCAAGCCGAUGGUGUUCGGGACGACCGCGCACUCGGGCCACUCGGACCUGCUCCGCAUGAAACACCUCAACUGGACCGCCGAGAACGUGGAGAGGGUCGUCAACGACAGCGUGCUCGGCGACAAGAACCUGACCGGCGCGGUGUACGCGCACGUGAACAAGACGUACUCGGGGUUGGUGACGCUGAUCUCGUCGGUGCGCACGCUGUGCCCGCUGGUGAGCCUGGCGCGGCUGCGGCUGGGCGCGGCGCUGUACGUGGUGGCGGGCUCGGGCGCCGGCGGCGGCACCGCGGGCUCGGGGCUGGCGGGCGUGGACGCGGACCUGGAGGCCAUCCUCGGCACCUUCGACUCGGAGGUGGUGGAGCAGCGCCGCUUCAUGGCGGCCAUGCAGCAGCUCUUCUACUACUUCGUGUGGAACGGCCGCCUGCCCGGCCCGGAGGCGGGCCUCAUGGAGGUGGGCCAGGACGUGCUGCCGCUGCACGGGCUGCCGCUCUGCGACCUGCUCAUCCGGGAGGAUAUAGUGCCGAGGUACGCUCGCGUCGAUUAGUCUCUCUUAAAAAAGCUCCCAAUUUCCGAGUCUAAAGAACCUGAUCGAUUAUCAUCCUUAUGUUUGUUGAGUUGUCCUAGACUAGCUAACUAAUCACGCAUUGCUUUAAAAAAAAACCUUUAUUUUAAUAUGUUCAUAUGAAAUUAUGCAGCAUUUUCCAGCCGUCGAGUAUAUAGCAACUAAUGGCUGAAUUGAGAUUUCGUACACCAAACUGUAAUUGCCUACUCUUCGUGUGUGGGCUCCCGACUCAUCAACUUUUUUUUAUCGUUAGUCCACUUUGACUAGUACCGUGCCGGCACGUUCAGAUAAACGAAAAUUACCCAAGGGCAUAAACGACUACUAUUUCAUGAUAAUCACGAUCGCAUUUAUGUAUUUUGUUAUACCUAAUAUUCAUUUUAUAAUAAAAGGUAUAAUUUUAGUUGACUUGAGGAUUGUAUACAAUAGUGAUAUGGCGAGCUUCCUAGCCGUAACAUGGUAAGGUAACCUCAUGAGACCGGAUAUUUUUUCAACCGUAUGCUCUUUACUUAAGAGUUGAAAUUAGUUUUUAGUCCGAUCUUCUUUAAAAAAAGGUUUAUUAAUAUGGUUUCUGAAAAAAAUCACAAGUCAACUUUGAAUGUAGAUUACAUUUUUAUAAAGUCCUUCUAAUUUGCCG